AUGUCGUAUCCAGUCGUUCCCGUCUCAGCGUGCGCCGACGCCAACAUCCCCAUACCAUCGCUCUACGGGGCCGAGAUUCUCUCCUUGACGGCAGUCCCAGUGCUGAACUACACCCAGACUGCAUCGCAGGACUACAACUACAACCACCCCACUAUCAAAGCCGAGGGCGUCGACUUCUGCAACAUCACGAUCACGUACACCCACCCCGGCCAGGAUGACAGUCUCGGUGUCGAGACUUGGCUGCCUUUGAGCACCUGGAACGGCCGCAUCCAGUCCGUCGGCGGCGGGGGCUGGAUUGCUGGCCGCUUCUUCCUCUCGUACCAGGCCAUGACUGGCGCCGUUGCCGAGGGCUAUGUUGCCUCAAGCAUUGAUGCCGGGCUCCGAGAUAAGAGUGGCCAAGUUGCAUACACCCCAGACGACUGGGCGAUGGUCUCAGAGGGGAACGUCAACUUGUACAACCUCCAAAACUUUGGAUCCGUGGCUCUCCAUGAACAGUCCAUCAUCGUGAAGGCCCUCACCGAGAACUUCUACGGCCAGAGGCACGAGUACGCGUACUGGAGCGGCUGCUCUCAAGGUGGCCGACAGGGCAUGAUGUUAGCCCAGAGAUACCCCGACGCAUACGACGGCAUCGCUGCCUCGGCGCCUGCAAUCUACUGGAACGAGUUCUUCUCGGCGUCCAUCUGGGCACAGACCCUCAUGAACUCCCGCGGAGAGUUUCCCGAAGGCUGCGAAUUCGACUACAUCACGGCCGCCGCCAUCGCAUUCUGCGAUCCCGUCGAUGGCCUUGUCGAUGGCCUCGUCUCUGAUGAAUCGGCCUGCGAAUUUGACCCGAUGACUCUAGUGGGACAGCAGUUCAACUGCUCCGGCAAGACAUCCGUCAUCAGCGAGACGGCCGCGGUGGUCGCUGCGUCGACCUGGGCGGGUCCGCGCACCACGGAGGGAGACUUCCUCUGGUAUGGCCCGAACCUCGACGCUCGCCUCUCCGGCGAUGCGUCCGGAGGAGCGCAGACUUCGGAUCUGGGUUAUGCCCAGACCGCCUGCAGCAACGGCACCUGCGAGGGCGCGCCCGCUGGAUUUGGCGACAAAUGGAUCCCCCUCUUUGUGCAGAAGAACUCAUCUGCAUCCUGGAAAGACUUGACCCCCGAGAACCUCCCCGGCUUCUUCAAAGAGUCCAUUCGCGAGUUCAACUCCAUCAUUGGGACUGCCGAUGCAGACUUGUCUGAAUUCCGUGCGUCUGGCGGAAAGCUCAUGACGUACCACGGCACUGCCGACGGCCUUAUUCCCCUGAAGCAGACGACGCACUAUUACAAGGAAGUCCUGAAGCUGGAUCCCAAGGCUCAGGAUUUUUACCGUGUCUUCGAGGUUCCUGGACGUAAGAGCGAGGCAAGUCGAGGAGUAGAGGAGACCGGGACCGAAGCCUCCUCGUCACCAGCCACUCAGUCCACCCAGGCGGCCGCGAGGAGUGGUAGCAUCGGAUCUCACGCGUCACCGCACGGCUCAGCGUCGUUCGAGAGCCAGCAACUUACUUUUGCCUUCUCUCCUCCUGCGGGAUCGAGGCUUGGCGAGGCGCCUGCUCAGAGGUUCACCGGCCACGGGUCGCACGGUGAUGGGAAUGCACCCAUCGGGUUCAUGUUGAAUAGGGGCCCGCCGGCUGAGCGUCCAAAUCGAUCAAGCUUUGCCUCUAGUCCCGGCUAUCUCGAUUCCAUCCGCGAUGGCCUGGCCUCCGAGUCUGGGGGAUGGAAUCCUGGGGAGGUCCAGCCCCAGCUGCAGAUAUCGUAUCUCCUGGGGGACUCUCCGUCGACUCAGGGCGGAUCAGCGCCGCGGGAACGGGCUGAGAGUCUCAUAUCAGAUGCCGAGGUCCGACAUCAACCUACAGAUCCCGAACACUGCGGCUUCACUGGGCGUCAGGCAUAUCUAUUCCGCACAUACAUCAUGAGGAUAGCCCCUUCGAUUGAUGCCUGUCACGAUGCCCGCCCGUUCACCCUCGACGUUCCCCGCCUAGCCCUUAGCACACCAAUACUCCUCAACGGCAUCUUCGCCCUCGCGAGCCGUUUUGAUACACAAGCCGACGACAAUGCCGAAAAGACUGAUCUCGAGAGCACCUACUACCACAACCGAUGCAUAGAGCUCCUCAUCGAAGCUUUCUCACAACCUCCCGAGACCUGGGAUUCUACUCUCUUGACAGCCGUCGUCAUCAUGCGUCUGUAUGAGGAGUAUGACAACGAGACGGACUCACAUUACCAUCAUCUCCGCGGGACACGAAACCUGCUAAAUCACGACGCGAUUGCAAGAUUCGUCACGCAAGGUGGGCUUGCGGAAGCGGCAAGCUGGGUGCACUUGAGGCAGGCACUGUAUGUAUUCUUGGUCCGCCGAACACCGAUUGAGAUCUGCCUGGAGAACUUCGAAAGGUCUUCCACCUUCAGAAUGAACGAUGACACGGCGCACGCGAACCGGAUAGUCUACCUGUUCGCGAAGGUGUUGAAGCUCUUCUUCCCCGAUGAUGGCACAGGGUUUCUGGCAAGCAGUACCGCCGCCUGGGAGGAGCUUCAGGGUGAAGUCGAGGCUUGGUAUCGGGACAAGCCGGUAUCAUUUCGUCCGCUGUUUUAUGACCGGCCGGAUCUGGCAAGGGGGAAGCCGUUUCCGGUGUUGUGGAUGAGUGCAUGUCCAGCAACCGUUGGUCUGGGAUACUACUAUGCCUCAAAGGCCAUCUUCAGGUUUCAAGACUACAACAGCUCAAAUUCAAUGGUCGGUUUCGAGGGCACGAAGAAGCGGUUCGAUAGCGAGCGCGAGAUAACAUUCUACUUGUGUAUUCUAAUGGGCUUGGCACUUUCAAACGAGGCUGUGAAUGCGUAUUAUCUCCCAGCGCAUAUGCUGUCUCUCUGCGGACAUCUCAUACGACAUCCGCUCGAGAGGGAACACACGAUAAAGUACUUGGCACAGGUGAGGAACAUUGUGCAAUGGAAAACGGGGGCGUUGGUCAAGACGUUGAAAGAGCAAUGGGCCGAGCUUGACAGCUUCUAA